GUAUAACCAGGCGCGUAGGCCGCCGGACGAGGCGCGCCCCGCCGGUGCGGUUGAUCGCGGGGUCGCGCUUGCCGGAGACGCCGGGCCGCCCGCCGUUCGCCAUGAGCGGCGUGACGACGUCCAAGAGCUUGGACGAGCAGAUCGCCCGCGUCUACAAGAAAAACACGCUCACGGAGUCGGAGAUCACGCAGCUCUGCGCCUUCGUGCGGGAAAUCCUGAAGAAGGAGUCGAACAUGCAGUUCGUCCGCGCGCCCGUCGUCGUCGUCGGCGACAUCCACGGCCAGUUCUACGACCUCCUCGAGCUCUUCAACAUCUCGGGGAAGCCGCCGUUCACGAACUACCUCUUCCUCGGCGACUACGUCGACCGAGGACACUACUCGCUCGAGUGCGCGACGCUUAUGGUCCUGCUCAAGGCGCGGUACCCGCAGCGGAUAACGAUGAUCCGCGGGAACCACGAGUCGCGGCAGAUCACGCAGGUCUACGGCUUCUACGACGAGUGCCUGCGCAAGUACGGCGACGCGAACGUGUGGAAGGAGUUCACGGCGCUCUUCGACACUUUGCCGCUGUCCGCGGCGAUCGAGAACCAGGUCUUCUGCCCCCACGCGGGCCUGAGCCCGUCGCUGGACACGGUGGACCACAUCCAGCAGCUGAACCGCUUCCAGGAGAUCCCCCACGAGGGCCCCAUGUGCGACCUCGUCUGGAGCGACCCGGACGAGCGGUGCGGCUGGGGCAUCUCGCCCCGCGGCGCGGGCUACACCUUCGGCGCGGACAUCACGGAGCAGUUCCUCACGACGAACUCCUUCAAGUUCAUCGUGCGCGCCCACCAGCUCGUCAUGGAGGGCUACUCGUGGACGCACCCCAACACGUGCGUGACCGUCUUCUCCGCGCCGAACUACUGCUACCGCUGCGGCAACAUGGCCGCGAUCAUGGAGAUCGGCGACUCCAUCGACACGCGCCCGGAGUUCGUCAUGUACGAGGCGUCGCCGGACCAGGGCGACAAGAAGGAGCUCAACCAGCGCAUGCCGGACUACUUCCUCUAGGGGCGCCCGAGCGCGACGCCGCGCGGGGCCCCGACGUCCGGGGCCCCGCCGGCGCGCCGCCGGCCCCGUUGGAGACCUCUUAGCCCCCGCGCGCCGCGCCCAGGCCGCGGGACCCCCCCACCCCCCUCGCCGUCUCGCCCGGCAUCGUACAGUCUUAGAUGCGG